CUUCUAAUCGCGCGCUGAAUCGCCUGAAAAUCAAAUGAACACCGAUGAACGUGGAUUCUAAUGAUUAAUAGUAACCGCCGCGCACUGUUUCCCAUCAUGUUCAUCAGGUGUAUUUUGCCUUGAUACAAACUUCCGAAGCAAUCUCUCGCGAGUCGCAGACGGCACGCCGAGCAUUCGACUGCAGCGUUGUUGAGGACACUAGAUCUGCGAUAUGCUCCUUUCAUCGCUGCUGUAUGGGUCACUGCUGUAUUCAGCGCGGGCCACAGAUCCAACAUGGGCUAGCAUUGCAAUGAAUGUCCCUUCUCAGCUCACAGACUCGAGUUUCAACUAUGCCACUGUGACCACCUACUUUGGCACACCACCUCAACAAAUUAAUCUUACAAUUGACGUUUCUACUGGCGUAAUGGCCGCAUAUUCAGUGGACUGCGUGUUUUGCAGUGGCGAAACAUUCUUCGAUACUUCAUUGUCCUCGACGUUCCAACAUCUUAAUUUUCCUUGGGCUCAGGCACGACCUGACUUCAACGGUUCAGAGUCCAGUGAUACCGUGAGUUUUGGCGGGAUCCUCACUGUGUUAGAUGCGCAAUUUGUGCUGAUUGACACCGGUUCAUACUCAUUCGCAAGACAAAUGAUGCACAAUGGAUUUCUCGGGGCGUUUCUGAAUCCACUUAACAGCACUACAGUCACGAAUAACGUAUUUUCACAACUCUACCAGUCAAAGCAGUUGUUGAAUCCCGUUAUCGGUAUACGAUUUGACCCGCGAAGCCCAAAACUAACAAUCGGUGCUCUCGACCCGAAUGAUUAUGAAGGGACCAUCAAUUGGGUUCAGUUGGAGGCUAAUGCAUCGUGGGAUACAUUUAAUACGUUCCAAGUCGACGGCCUCAAAGGAUAUAAUGGGUCAUUUGUCCCACAGGGUUCAGGUGAUCUAUUUGCUAGCAUCGACUCUUCUAUCCGAAAUCUGUCUACGUACGCCACUAACAAUGGAUACAUUGGUCCAGCCGGCACCGGCGUUACCAUGGACCACCGGACUAACGUCGUAUCCUUGCUCUGCAACGAAACCUACCCUUAUGUUCCCUUGACGGUGUCUAUCAAUGGCGUCGAUUAUCAGGUUGAUUCCAACAACAACCUGCUUUACUCUCAAGAAACUGAAACAGGGUUGUGCACUCUCGGCAUGGCGAAUCGCUCCGACACCCUACCACCCAACUUUAUCCUCGGGCAACCUUUCCUGCGGAGCGUCUACGUCGCUUACCGUUUCCCUACGGACAACUGCCCAGGGUACUACGGUUUUGCUUUUGCUACAGGUGCCAACCGCACGCAGGCACAAAUUUCUCAGACUCCGACAUCCACCCCGACCAAUAGUGCUCAGUGUCUUUCAUUCGCAAGUCCGACAUCAACGCCUUCUGCGACUAUUGUCACGGCACAGCAGAAGCUACUGUCUUCGGAAAAGUAUAGUGUGUAUGGGAGACCAAAUGCGUCUCAAAUGUCAUUGAUCGAUGUCGAAAACCUUCCCAAGAUGACGUGGAACGCGACUAAUCUUUAUUAAUGAUACUUAUACGAUAGCCAUCUGGACUUCGUGCACAACUUUAUUGAGGCUAUCUUACUGUAGCCAGCAGUUUGGACACGCAACGGCCAUCAUGACGUUAUCGUCAUCGUCAUUAGUGGCUGGCUUAGUCAUCAUCAACCCGCACGUUGGAUUAGUAUAAAGGGCUGCUCAAUUCUAACUUAUAAUUUUCGAUAGGGCAAUAGUAGAUAGUCCAAUCUUUUCAGUACGUGUGUCGGCUUAGUGUCUUGAAUCACAUUCUAAAGCGGGGAUCUGGCGACUGACAGCCUGAGAGUGAUCCUGAAAGAUCUAGUGUGACUGGAGUCGAAGCUGGCGUGACUAUGAAAAUACGGUACCACUUCCAUGAGGCCAUGGCUGCGGUCCUGCAGAAUGAAAAGCUGUGACACGUUGACCUCUCAACGUUACUAGAUCACGUUCCAAAAACAGAGACAAAAACUCACCGACAAUGAAGGAAACCUCCUUGACG